CACAAGCUUAGUUCGGCGGGUUGGAUUAGGAAUACAUAGAAAAAUCUCAUUAGUAACACAGCAACAAGAUAGUGGGGUAACCGACACCGAUGUGUAUCCAUAUCCGAAGCCGACACCGCGUUUCCGAAGCCGAGGCCGAGCUUUCGGUCUCGAAUCUCACUCCAUCGAUAUUCAAGCCAACAAUGGUCUUGGUCAUUAUUCGCGGCCCGCUUCCCGAACCUUCUGUUACGAGACGACACUACUGUCUUGCUUAUCCGGGAGACGCUGACAUUGACCCAUCUCGAUUGCCGAAUGAUGCCGCAGAAUAUGGAGUCGGCACAAAUACCGCCUCGGCUUCUGCUCAGGAAGAACGGGCGGCCGCAGGCGUGUGAGCCGUGCCGGAAGCGCAAGGUCGCCUGCGACCACGCCCAGCCCAUCUGCAACAGAUGUAGAAAGUCGAAGCGCCCCGGUGAAGUGUGCGAGUACACCCUGGACGGCAGCCUGGUCCUGAGACAAACCCCGAAGCAGGCCCGGGCUAGGGAAAGCCGGCGCGGGUCGAGGACGCCUUCUGUACCACAAACGGCGCCGACGUUUCAACCCGCCGUGACGAUCACAAAGCUCCCGCCGAGACCAGCGGCGGUCUCACGGACGGCAUCGACGGCUACGACAUCGCCGGUGACGUCUGCCGGGAGCCGCCCCCACGCGUCCGUUCCCGCCAGCCUCCCCACCAGCCCGGAGUCGGUCGGCACGGGGGCCACCCCGGCCGUCCUCGGCAUUGGCUACCUCGGCUUCACCUCCUUCUGCGGCAUCUACGAGGAAACCCGGUCCAGCCUGAACCGAUUGCAGCCCUCCGGCGCGACCCCCAUCGGCGAGAUCGGCGCAACGGCCUCCUGCGGGCUCGAGUGCUCUCCACCUCUGACGAACCAGGCCCUGGAGACGUGCCUGACCAUCCUCCGCCACGUCCCGGACCGGGAGACGGGGCUGAAGCUGUUUGAGACCCACGUCGGGCCUAGCGACGGCUGGAUCCGCCUGGCCGCGAAGCGCAUGAUCACGUCGCUGUACGAGACGUUCCCGCAGUGCUUUUGCGCCCACGAAAGGCCGGACGACGCGCAGCUGGCCGUGCUCGCCCGGACCAUAUGCAGCAACACCGCAAAGUGCGUGUCCGAGGAGGAGUCGGACCCGGAAAAGUGGAUCGCGCAGUUCACCGGCACGAACCUGCGAUGGGAGUCGCUGGGCAUCAUGUUCGUAUACUGGGAGCUGGCGGCCAGGUAUCUCGGCCCCUACCGGCGCGACGUCCGUUCGCAUCUCCAGCAGCCCCUGGACGAGGGGACGAGGGUCGUGAUGCAGUACCGGUAUUGCGUCGGCGCGAGCAUCGAGCUGACCAAAGCCGCCGGCAGCGGGGGCAACACCCUGCUGCUCUUCAUGUCUGCGAAGCGAACCACUAUCGAGUCCGUCUUCUCGGGUGACGCAAGUUUCGCCUGCUGGCAGCUGCACGCCGAGACUGUGGCCCUGUCGACGUUCCUCGGGUUUCACGACGAGGUUGCCGCGGAGCCGUACAAGCCAACCGUCUGCUCCGAGAUCAAACGCAAGCUCUUCUGCUACAUAUUCUACCUGGACAAGGUGCUGGCCUCGUUCACCGGCAGGCCGCCCCUCAUCAGCCGCCGGUACGCGCGCACGCCGCCGCCGCUGGACCUCAGGGACGAGUACCUGCUCGCGGACGAGGCCACUCUGGCCCGCCAUGUGGCCAACCUCGACGAGAACGGGUGGAACACGGAGGGCGGCCUGUGCUCCGCCACCUUCGUCCGGGCCCGCGUCAUGCUGGCGCACAUUCGGGACGAGCUCUUCGAGAUCGCCCUCGGCCACGGGCCGGUGACGCCUGUCGAAACACUUUUGGAGAUCAAGGAGAGACAGCUCAGGAUGGUCGCCAACCUUCCCCAGAUCCUCGUCUUUCAGGAAGAGGACGCCCAGGACAGGAAGCUCGAGGAGCCGCUGUUCUGCGUCAGGCUCAUCGUGCACCUCGAACGCCUCCAAAACAUGUUCUUCAUAGAGCGCCUGCUUGCCAAGCGGGGCCACGACGACGGCGCGUUGCUCUCCGUCAGCUUCGAAAUGGUGUCAAAGACGCUCCUGUUCUGGACGAACAUGGACCGCCUCUCCUGCGCGCACAGCGAUUUCGAAUGGCUCGUAAUGGCCUACGCCGCCCCCGGCGGUGGGAUACUCUGCCUCGAGCUCCUCAAGCCCACCCUCCACGGCGGCAACCACCCGCAGAACCCCAAGGUGACGCGGUCCAGCAUCAUCCAGAAGCUGAGCCUGCUCGUCGGCUUCCUCGACUGGGUCAGCCCCACGGCGCCCAACGGCGACCUCUGCGCCGACUGCAAGUGCGUCAUCCAGCGCGUCCUCGACCAGGCCCUCAACGGCCCCGUGGCGUCGGCCUCGUCCGCCGUCGACGGCGGCUUCCCGGCGGCGCUGGACGCCAUGGACUGGGACUUCUCCACGCAGCCCGACUUCAACUUUGACCUGCUCGACACGUACGACUGGCUGCGGCCCGAGGUACCCUCAAGCCAGCAGUCGUGAAGGGGGCGCUCGCAGCACGAAAAGAAAAGAAAAAGAAAAAGAAAAAGGAGAGGGCAUACAACCCGAUUUCUCCCGGCCCAGCCGGGCAUCGUAAUCACGCAGCUUUGACGGCAUACCUGGCUUUUGUGUAGUUUAUUAUGACGGAUAACGACUUACGAAACAUGAUUGAUAGACGAUCAGGCAACCAGUCGCCUCGGAACUUGGUCAUGAUCUGAAUCGGGGCGGCCUCUUGCUCUAUGCUUACCAGCUUCCGCUAUUCCGUUAUUGAUUGUGCAGUCUCGUCAAGCAUGGUGAGCAGUCGAACAUUAUGGCAUGAUUGGGGUCAACGCACUGCACACUGAAGCAUUU